ACCAAGCCUGAAGUCUGUGCGAAACUGCCCUGCUUCUCACGGUAGACCCAAGAUAGACAGACAGUCUAUCUACAGCAACAUGGCUCUGUGGAUGGUGUUACUGCUGCUUGUCGGAGCCACGGGAGAUGUCCACAUGGGAUCACAUGUGUUUCACCCCGACUACGCCCACCCGCUGGUGUUUGACCCUGUGUUUUACGUCAACGCGUACAGCGACCUUGGUCAGCUGGCCACACCCCAGAUCGCCAAAGAUCACUGGCUGAACCAUGGCAUUGAUGAGGGAAGACAGGGGUCCGGGCAGUUCCACUCCAAGCAGUAUCUGAAGAGGAAUGCUGAGAUCUCCCGGGCUUUUGGUCAGGAUUACAAAGCAGCCAUCAAACAUUUCCUGGAGUUUGGGCAGUACGAGCAUCUGCAGGGGUACGUGUUGGGCGGCUACAACGGGCGCUACACCAUGUCAGUCGGUCACCUCUUCAUCAGCGCCUCUGCACGCAUGGGAGGCGCAAUAGACAGUCUGGUCUGGGGCAAGAAGGAAUUCAUCAACGCAUGGGACCAUGGGCGAGAGAUUCAGACAACCAUCAAUGCUAUACCAUACGGUGAAUGUUUCAACCCAACCGAGGCUGGAGGGGCAAGCGAUUAUAAGUCGCCUACCACGAAGUCUGUCCUGCAAAAUAUUACAGUCAACGCCAACGUGAUGACAUCAACAGUAUAUCCUGCCUUCUGGAUCCGAGCUGGCAGUCACGAGGUGAACAACAGGACGCGAGUGUGUAUGCGGGGCUCCCCAGCCGUCAACACAGUCGACACCUACAACCACGCCUUCUCCAAGGUCGUCACCAUCGGCUGUGCUGGAGUCGACUAUUGCAUCAAGUAUGAAUCCGGUUUUGAAAUUGCGGGCAAAUGGCCUAAAUACGACUUCAUCAAUCUGGUCGCUCCAGCAGUGUACUUGACUGCUAACUUCACCAACCUUCUGAACUACAAUCCCGAGAACCACCAACUGCAGCCACACACAAAGAGUACCUGGCCGCCCAUCUACACAACCCCUGAUCACAAGUAUGCCCUGGGUGUGUAUGCUCCAGACGGACAGGACACUGACAUGUUCAUGUACUACCUGACUGGCCAGCACGACGGCAACUUCGCCAACAAGACCAAUUCUAUGCACGUCGUAUUCAGAAAGCGGCCUUUCCCCGACGCCAGCCCGAGACACCUGGCCUAUGUGACGUACAUAUGUGUAGGCAAUGUCGACAUGGUGGCUGACUGUCUGAGGAGGUUGCAGAAUACGCUCGUAUAACGGUAACCUUCUUCUCCAUUAAACGUGACAACCAACCUCCAGAUCAUACAGGUGGUGUCCAAUUAAAACAUGAUUACAUAUUUAAAAUUUAAA